CAACAUUUCAACAACACGAAGAGAACAAGUUGUUUGUUAAAAACAAUUCAAAGCAUCAAAAUAUAAUGUCGAAUAAGGUGCAAAUCUCACUACCCGAAGAGGACUUGGAUUGGAUCCAAUUACGUCAAGAUCUGGGACCACAUGUGGAAAUAGAGACAACCAAGGAGAAACUCCAGCGCAAAAUUAAAGAGAAUCCCCUAGUGCCGAUUGGAUGCUUGGCCACCACAGCGGCUCUAACCAUGGGUCUCUACAAUUUUCGCACUGGCAAUCGCAAAAUGUCGCAAUUAAUGAUGCGUACUCGUAUUGCGGCACAAGGAUUCACCGUAUUGGCGUUGGUGGUCGGUGUUGUCAUGACGUAUGGCGAAAAGAAGUGAAAAACUAAUAAUAAUACAUAAAUAUCUAGGAUAAAUGCAAAGUCAAAAAUCGUGUUGUUAUUUUAUGUAGUAUAUAGAAUGUACAGCUCCUUCAAAAAUAGAUUUUUUUUCAACAAAAAGUGUGUACAAGAUGUGUACCUAAACCAUA